UCUAAAAGGAAAAAAGGAUUCACUGAGUGUACCAAAGUCGGUUAGGCGGUGAGGCAUGAUGCGUCUAAAGUGGACCAUACUGUAUAUACCUUGAAGAAUCCUGCGUGUACACUACAACUAUUGGGUUCCUUUUCCUCUCUCUAAAGAAAAAGGAAAGUUAAAAAAUUCCACCUACUGCUGCUACUCCUCCUCUUUCUCUCUGAAGUUUUUUAUCGAGCAUAUCCAUCUACUUAUUACAACAAUUUUUUGUGUAUUUAUUUAGCAUUUAGGAUAUAAUUUUGGACCUAAGCGUUGUUUAAUGACAAAUUAUGUGGAGGAUUUAUGGUCUUUACUGAAUUUUAACUUCAGGUACUCAUAAUGUUCAUGUGAUCUGCUCAACUGGUGUAGCAUCAGCAGCUUAAAGGUACUGAUUGUGUGUCUCCAUGUUGCCAGAGGGUUAGUGGACGGAUGGCUUAUGCAAAGGCUGCCUCUCGUCUCAAGGGUUCAUUGAUCCAUCAGCUGCUAGUAAUUGCUCUCUGUCUGGCCAGCUAUCAGAAUGUAGUGGCUCUGCAUGUGCCGCAUGAGCCAACCCAAACUUCCUCCACAUCUGAACAGGCCAGCCCUCCCAAAAGUGGAAUCUUUGAACCAAUUGAGAUAUCACCUGCUGUCAUCCCUCAUUAUCCUUCCCCGGAGAAAUCAUUGCCGCCAAUGUAUCCUUCCUUACCGAAGGCAUAUGACCCUGUCUUGACUGGAAGAUGCCCUGUAAAUUUCUCUGUCAUUUCAAGCAUCACAGAAAAAACAGCAUCAGAUUGUACGCAAUCUUUGUCAACGGUAGUAGGAAAUGUAAUAUGCUGCCCACAAUUCAAUAGCUUACUCCACAUAUUUCAGGGAUUUUACAGCAAUCGCUCUGAUACUUUAGUUUUACAAAGUGCGGUAGCGGAUGAUUGUUUUAGAGAUAUCAUCAGUAUAUUAGCUAGUAAAGGAGCAAAUAGCUCCAUUUCUGGUCUGUGCUCUGUGAAGUCAUCAAAUCUAACUGGUGGGUCUUGCCCUGUGAAGGACAUUGGUACUUUUGAAAAAAUAGUGAAUACAAGCAAGUUGUUGGAGUCCUGUAGCACAGUUGAUUCUCUUAAAGAAUGUUGUAGGCCUGUCUGCCAGCCUGCAAUUUCUGAGGCUGCACUUCAAAUUUCAGGGAUAAAGAUGACUCUUGGUGAUAAGAAUAUAAUCGGAGUACCUAGUGAAAUUGAUACACUUAAUGAUUGUAAAGGAGUGGUCUAUUCAUGGAUUGCAAGAAAACUGCAAUUUGAGGAUGCCAGUUCUACAUUUCGGUUAUUGUCUUCCUGCAAAGUUAAUAAAGUGUGUCCCCUGGAAUUCCAGCAACCAUUAGAAGUGAUCAAUGCGUGCAGAAAUUUAGCCGCUCCAAGUCCGUCAUGUUGUAUCUCAUUAAAUGCUUAUAUUGCUGGGAUACAGAAGCAGAUGUUGAUUACAAAUCGACAAGCAAUUAUAUGUGCUGCGGCAUUUGGUUUUAUGUUACAGAAGGCUGGUGUCAUGACAAAUAUUUAUGAGCUUUGUGAUGUUGACUUGAAAGACUUCAGUCUCCAGGGAUAUGGGCAAGAAGGAGGGUGCUUGCUUCGAAGUUAUCCGGCAGAUCUGGUUUAUGACAACAUAACAGGUUUCAGCUUUACUUGUGACUUAAAUGAUAAUAUUGCUGCUCCAUGGCCUUCAUCAUCGACAAUCACAUCCUUGUCUCUUUGUGCUCCUGAGAUGUCUUUGCCGGCACUACCGACAUCAGAGACAUUGGGAAAUUAUAGCUGCCCCCGUGGUGGAUUGGAUCUUCUUGUGCCCAUUCUUUUGUUUUUUCUCUCCAUUUUGUUUUGAAGAGAUCUGCCAGAAGCUGAUCUAGUUCGAUUUUGAGCAAUUAGGACAUUCUACGAAUUGCUUGCAAGCUGUGUUGGUACUUCUAAUAGUUGCAUUGCUGUUUUGCCCAUGCUGGUGGUGGAGGAAAAGUUACACAGGUCCUAACAUUAAGAAACAAGAGAAGCAGAUCUCAGUCCUCGUUGCAUCGAGGAAAAGAAUUACAUUAGAAAGAACAGAUCAACAAUGUAGAGGUGUGAAUUGUUCUUUAUCAUGAAGAUUGUCGUCUUGAUAGUAUUUUGCUGAAAGAAGCAAAACAGCCGAGGUGGAAAAUGAGAAUUUGUGCGGUCCUUGUCUGGAAUCUUAACGUGAUCAUCUUUGAGGAGAAGACCAAAAUUAUCCCUUGAUAUUGUGGUGAACAUUAAACCCUAUUGCUACAAAGUGAUGCAGGAAGUAGCUACACUAAACAAUGGCAAGCAAUUGGCGAGCCACCACGCUUGUAGAGAAACAUCUUUCAGAACCUAUGCUAUUGUUUCCUGUUUGUAAGAUGUCGAAGACCAGUGAAAAAAGCGAAGAUAUAAGCUUUAGGCAAUCUGAGCCCAUCAUGUUGUCACCUCGUCACACAACUUGCUCGUCUGCUUGAGUCGACAGUAUAAGCUAUAGGCUAUUCCGAGCCUAUGCUCGAGUCGGUGAUUGGUACCAUUAAUUGAACACUGAUAUUUCUGUCCUAGUGCACUGUACUAGGACCCCUAUUUAACUAAUAGCUGAAAUUUUCAACAGAAAUUAAAAAUACUGCUGCCUCAUGAUGGACUUUAGACGUAUGAGGGAAUGAAGUUAAAACUGAGUUUAUAGU